AUGAAAAGAGGAAGAGCAGGAACAUUAAAAAAUAAAAUGAGAAUUACCUUAUCCUUACCAGUAGGUGCUCUCAUUAAUUGUUGUGAUAAUAGUGGAGGAAAAAACCUGUACAUUAUUGCUGUUCAGGGUUUUGGAUCAUGUUUAAAUAGAUUACCAGCUGCUUCAUUAGGUGAUAUGGUAUUAGCUACUGUAAAAAAAGGAAAACCUGAUUUGAGAAAAAAAGUUUUAAAUGCUAUUAUUGCUCGUCAAUCAAAAGCUUGGAGGAGACAUGAAGGUUAUUUUAUAUAUUUUGAAGAUAAUGCAGGAGUUAUAGUUAACCCCAAAGGAGAAAUGAAAGGAUCAGCUAUAACAGGACCAGUUGCCAGAGAAUGUGCAGAAUUAUGGCCAAAAUUAUCAUCAGCUGCUUCUGCAAUUGUUUAA